AUGUUACCCGACUGCCCCGACCUCGAAAUACCCGCUUUCCCGGAAAGGGACAAACAGGGAGGUGAUGAUCUCCCUACUUACGACGACCUCGCGGCGCAGCAGGGUCCGAACUCCAGAUUCGGUCGAUGGCGACAGUGGAUUGAGAAGAGAGCUGCUGAAAGAUAUGCAGACCUAACACCAGAAGAGUACGAGCGGAGGCGAGCCCGUGGUUGGGGAGAAGGUGUGGACGAUACAGAGCAGGACUCUGAAGCCGCACCAUCGCUUGUACCCCCGCUGCACAUACAAACUGAUUUCCCGAGAUCUGAAGCCGCAUCCGCUUCUCCACUAGACUCGGGACUUGAGGCCACGCCUCCUUUACCUGCAACAUUGAUACCAGAAUCGCUCUCCCCAGCCCGUCUCAACUUAUAUCACUUCGGCUCACGUUUUCUUCCUCAUGCAAUCGCACCUAUUCGGUGUCUCUUGCCGAUAUUGAACGAUACCCUGCUGCUCAUUGGUCAUGACAAUGGUCUAUCGGUCCUUGACAUGUUCCCAAGGGAAUGGACCGAUGGCGGCGUUGUUGAAAGGGGCCCCAACGAUGCGGAGGCGAGGCUUAUAUGGGAAGGCGAAGUUGUAUACCAAUUGACGAUCCUCGAAGCGGAGAGUACGGGACAGGGAACACCUCAGGGUGUUGUGCUUGCUCUCGUGGGUCCCGAUAAUGAUUACUGCAAGGACCAGGAGGGCAUUCGAUCUCUGCGGAUGUACAACCUUGCUAGUUUGAUCAGUCUGGCGAAAUGGUCCGUCUCGCAAAAGGGAUCAAGGCCCCUGGACCUGCGCCAAUCUCAUGCUGGCAAGAACUACAACACUCUUCCGAAGAGACAUCGUCCUCAAUCCAGCCUAACGAAGAACUUGAAGCAUCUUAUGUCUGACCCGCCUAUAGCCCAGCCGCAAUCACCUUCCAGCCACAUAUCUGAACAGUCAUCGUAUUCCCCAGUUGCAGAAGCAUCAGCUAGUUCAAGCUACACUCAAACCGGUGUUUCAGAAGACUCUCCAGAGUCCUUAUCCAGCUGGGAUGUCGUCGACGACCUUCCGCUUCGCUGGGCUACCCACUACACGUCGCUUGCUUCUGCUGGCUCCCGACUAAUGAAUGCCUCCGUUCUCUUCUACGAGCUAUAUCGACAUGAAGGCCAACGAGGCAGGGGAGGUGCGCUCUUAGCUGUAGCCACUAAAUCCAAUAUCUUCCUAUAUGAGGCGCCAAAAGGCGAACGAGCCUUCCAUCUCAUCAAGGAAUUUUAUACGCCAUUAACCGCUCGGAGCAUCACUUUCGUUCAACAAUCGGUACAGGAUACUAUGGCAAGAAGUUCAUCUGACGUCGCCCUACGCUCAUCCGGUGCACAGUCGAACCUUCACCGACAUUCCCGUGUGAUUUCCUUUGGGGCAAAGAUCCAACGCUUCCCUCAGCUCAGUCUGUUCGUCGUCUUCGAGAAAAAGGCAGGACUCAUCCGUAUUGCUGACUCGGCAGUCGGAGAAGUGGAGAUGUACGAUGAAGGGUACGGGUUCCUGUCCACAACAGCCAUGUCUAACACAUCCAUGAACCGGAAGUCGCGGGCGUCUUGGGACGGUCGGGGUUUUUCCAAGGAGCACAAAGCGAUCUGGAUACCGCCUGUGAAAAUCAAUCUCCCUGCACCUGCCAACCGUCCGUCGUUGUCGCACAUGUAUAUCGUCACGCGUGGCAAAACAUCGCACAUCGUGCCGUAUCCACUGCCUUCUAACCUUUCUGCUCUUCCGCCUUACCGCAGCUUCUUGUGGUCAUCUCCACCAACUCGUAUCAGCUGCAGAGUUUGCUCAUCUCCAGCUCGAGAAGGAAGCGGGUCCAUCUCCUUCCUCCAACUCGUAGCGUUUGGCGAGGAUGGUGUUGAGGUCCAAGAGAUCUCUCUUUCGUCUCUUUCCGAACAGAAGGGCAAGAGACGCGCCGAGCAGCCUGUGCGCUCGCAGUCAGAUUUGGGCGGACAAACGGGAUUUCUGAAUGUGGGCGGUCAUUGGCAUCGUCCCUUCUACCAAAUCGUUGGACGUUCCGAUUCCUCACGAAGUGACGAAUCCGCAUCGUCUCUCUACGACCUGUCGCCGGAUGAACUGGUCGACAGGAUGCAAGCAGAGCAGGGCAUCUAUGGUUGGGUACAGAAGGGCUUGGAGGAUUGGCGAGUAUUUUGGCUAGGGGGCUCAGAUACAGAACAUGAUCUGACCAAGGACUACGAACUGUAA